CACGUGAUUCCCGAAUCAAAGAUCCAGUAUGGCGGAGUCUGUCAGACGGUGCUUCUGUCGUUUCUGUGCGGUCCGGGGGAAUUCAGAUGACUGCCGUUAAUCAGCUGCUGGCUGGAUUUGUCGAGACGAGGAGCAGAAACCGCUGCUGUGCUGGAACUACAUCUGAAGUUUUGAAAACGUGUCAGCCGCUCCAAACAUCAUGACUUCCCAGAGCCAUUCAGACUCUCAGAUGGACCAGACUGUGGAGCUUUUGAAGCCGUCGGCGUUUGACCACAUUCCCACAGUGGAGCUGAGUUCUGCUCUGCCUGUGAGGGUUCCUCCAGCCGCCAUCCCCAUGGACCUGCGCGUAGAGCAGAUGCAGACACUGGACUCAAGCCGGCGCGAGCAGCAGGAGAUGCUGGCGCUCAAACACAAGCAGCAGCUGCAGCGGCAGAUCCUCAUCGCCGAGUUCCAGCGGAAACACGAGCAGCUCUCGCGCCAACACGAGGCCCAGUUACAGGAGCACAUGAAGCAGGAGCUUCUGGCCCUCAAGCAUCAGCAGGAGCUGCUGGAGCAUCAGAGGAAGAUGGAGCAGGAGCUGGAGAAACAGCAGCGCGAGCAGAAGCUCCAGCUCCUCAAGAACAAAGAACGCGGCCAGGAGAGUGCGGUGGCCAGUACAGAGGUGAAGAUGCGUCUGCAGGAGUUUGUUCUGAAUAAAAAGAAAGCGCUCGCUCAGCGCAGUCUCAACCACUGCAUCUCCAACAACCCACGCUACUGGUACGGGAAAACUCAGCACAGUUCUUUGGAUCAGAGCUCCCCUCCUCAGACCGCCGUCAGUACCUACAACCCUCCUGCCAUGGGCGUCUACGACUCCAAAGAUGACUUUCCACUGCGCAAAACAGCGUCUGAACCGAACCUGAAGCUGCGUUCACGGCUGAAGCAGAAGGUGUCGGAGCGGAGGAGCAGCCCAUUACUGCGCCGCAAAGACAGUCCCAUCAGCACGCUGAAGAAACGCUCUCUGGACAUGGCAGAUUCGGCGUGUAGCAGCGCUCCUGGAUCUGGACCCAGUUCCCCAAACAAUAGCUCACACGGAAACCUGUGCGAGAACGGCAUCAGCGUGACUGAGUCGUCUCACAGGCCGGCUGGUCAGGACGGGCCGGUUAGUCAGCUGUCGCUCUACACGUCUCCUUCACUACCCAACAUCACCCUGGGUCUGCCGGCCACUGCCACCAACGUGACGUCUACCCAGCCUGACAGCGAAUGUUUGUCUGUGACCGGUUUACCCAUAAGCACUCCGUUCCUGGUCACCUCUCACCUGCCGUCAUUUCUUGGCAAUUCGGACACUGCAAACUCCCACAAUGCACUGCUGCAGCACAUGGUCCUUCUGGAGCAAUCAGCCCCACCGAGUCCUUUAGCCGCAGGAGUGGGAGCAGGGUCUCUGCAGCAGCUGCGUCAGCACCGGACGCUGGGCCGCACUCAGUCGGCUCCUCUGCCCCAGAGUGGACAGGUGCUGCAGCAGCUCGUGGUUCAACAACAGCACCAGCAGUUCCUGGAGAAACACAAGCAGCACUUCCAGCAGCUCCACAUCAACAAGAUGUUGAGUAAACCCUGUGAUCGGCAGCACCAGAGCCACCCAGAAGAGACGGAGGAAGCGCUCCGAGAGCAGCAGGAUGCCACACAGACGGAAACGCUUUCCAUGAGCCUCCUCAUUAAACAGGAACCUCCUGAUCUCACAGAGGAGCAGAGACAGGAAGAACAAGAGCUGCUCUUCAAACAGCAGGCUCUUCUACUGGAGCAGCAGAGGAUCCAUCAGCUCAGAAACUACCAGGCGUCCAUGGAGGAGGCCGGUGCAUCGGUCAGUUUCCCAGGGCACCGUCCUCUGUCCAGAGCCCAGUCAUCUCCUGUGUCCGCCUCCUUCAUCAGCUCGCAGGAGCAGCCUUCCAAACCAUAUUUUACCACAGGUCUGGUGUAUGACUCUCUCAUGCAGAAGCACCAGUGCAUGUGUGGAAACACCAACACGCACCCCGAACACGCCGGGCGCAUCCAGAGCAUCUGGUCUCGGCUGCAGGAGACGGGCCUGCGCAGCCAGUGUGAGUGUAUCCGUGGGAGAAAAGCCACAUUGGAGGAACUGCAGACGGUUCAUUCUGAAGCUCAUGUCAUGUUGUAUGGGACCAACCCACUACGGCAGAAACUGGACAGUUCUGUCAUCUCCAUGUUCGUCAGGCUGCCGUGUGGCGGUAUUGGGGUGGACAGUGACACGGUCUGGAAUGAAGUUCACUCGUCGAGUGCAGUGCGUCUGGCCGUCGGUUCUGUGGUCGAACUCGUCUUCAAAGUGGCAUCGGGAGAGCUGAAGAACGGCUUCGCUGUGGUCCGGCCGCCGGGACACCACGCAGAAGAGAGCACGCCCAUGGGCUUCUGUUACUUUAACUCUGUUGCCAUAGCAGCUAAACUCCUACAGCAAAGACUCAAUGUCGGCAAAAUUCUGAUUGUUGAUUGGGACGUUCAUCAUGGCAACGGAACACAACAAGCGUUCUACGACGAUCCCAGAGUUUUGUAUGUUUCGCUUCAUCGAUACGACGAUGGCAAUUUCUUCCCAGGCAGCGGCGCUCCUGAAGAGCUGGGCAGUGGGCCGGGAGUCGGUUUCAACGUCAACGUGGCGUUUACUGGAGGUCUGGAUCCACCGAUGGGUGACGCAGAAUACCUCACUGCCUUCAGGACGGUGGUUAUGCCGAUCGCUAGCGAGUUUGCUCCAGAUCUGGUGCUGGUGUCGGCAGGGUUUGAUGCGGUGGAAGGACACCCUCCUCCGCUGGGAGGGUAUAAACUCACCUCCAGAUGUUUGGGUCACCUGACUAAACAGCUGAUGGGGUUAGCUGGGGGUCGAGUGGUGCUGGCGCUGGAGGGAGGUCAUGACCUCAGGGCCAUAUGUGACGCGUCCGAGGCCUGCGUCUCAGCGCUGCUGGGGAUAGAGCUAGAGCCGCUUUCUGCAGAUGUCCUGAAGCAGAGACCCAAUGAAAACGCUGUGAGCUCCAUAGAGAAAGUCCUAGAAAAUCACAGUCAGUACUGGCGGUGUGUCCAGCGGGUCGCGUCCAGCGCAGGUUUGUCUCUGCUGGAAGCUCAGAGAGGCGACUCUGAGGAGAACGAGACGGUGACGGCAAUGGCUUCUUUAUCUGUCGCAGCAUUGGAGAAAAGGAUGGAGGAUGAGCCCAUGGAAGAGGAGCCGCCGAUGUAGGGGACGAGCGUUUUCCCAGAGCUCUGAGCUCUUCUGGGUCUCUGUGUCAGUUUGCCUGGGUCUCGUCUGAUGGAGAUCCUCGCUGAGCAGAGAGAGAUGUCAGGGUAAAAGCUAACUCACCACGUUAGCACUGUAGCCCGCUAGCACUGUGGCCCCAACGCAACGUGCUCGAGCUGAAGUCACUUGAGACAUUUGUUUUUGGAGGUUUCUGUCCCAUUGGCUCGAUGCGCACACACCUCGUCGCAGAUCGUUCUGACAGAGGGACGGAUGGAAGGCCGGGGUCCAGAAACGUUUCUCAGAGAGGGAGUGCCUUAGAGACCGCUUGAACUACGAAUUAAUUCUGAGGAACUUUGCCUUAAUUCAGUAAUGUUCCAGAAUUCCAGUGGGUCGACUGUUUGGAGAAGAGAAAACCUUUUCAGCAUGUUUACUUGGACAGCGUUCGCGCUUUAGUCCUAAACACACGUUGUCUAGCGAUGACUGACUCUCCUGUGGUUUGGUUUUUUGUCCAGUGCGCUGUACAAAUACAGCAGAAACUGUCUGAACCUCCAGUGAAGCGUAACAGUGGCUCCACACACAGCAGCUGAAGGCAGGCCUUGCUGUUCAGAGUGGGUUAUUGACUGACGUGCAUUACAGGAAAACUACACCUGGACUGAACCGGAGACCUGGUCUGACCAAAGCAUGAGUUUGCGUCUUGUGUUGCACCUUCCUCUAACCGCGGUGGAGGUGAACGGGUUUUGCCUUUGGAUGGGAAAAAGAACCAGACGAGAGACGACUGUGUACCAAAUCAGCUCGUGUCCCUCUUGAGCCAAACAAACCUUGCUAAUGUUGUAAACCCGAGCAUGAGGCGGGAGCAGUACCUACAACAUCAACACAAAUAUGCAUGAGAAAUCACCAGCUUCACCUCUAAAAGAAUCCAGUUAGUUCGUCUUACUUGGCAACUCUUGUCAACUUUUAAAAUGCUCAGAUUUUUUAGUUCAGUUACUGAUUAUUUUCAAGGUUUUAGUAAUUAAUUAGUCAUUCCUGUUUUGUACAGUUUUACUUCAUUCCUUUUCGUUUGAUCUGAAAUUUCAGAUAUUUGCACGUUUCACUUGACUUUGCUUAUGAUUAUUAUUUGUGCUAGUGGAUUUGAGUUCCAGUAUUUGCGUUACAUUUGGUACCUUGUACUUUAAACAUGAGUGCUUUAUGACGUUCAUGGGUUUUCAACCAUUCAAUCACGAUGACUGAUUGUGUACUUCCAUGUUUUGUUCAAAGUAGAUUUGUAUAUGAAAGGAAACCUAAAUAUAUGAAUAUGAAAAUCUGUCCUUCACCUCUGUUCUGUGUGCAUGAAUGUAAUAUUUCUAAGCAGCACACGCUGGUGUCAAAUAUACAAAACCUUGUUUUUAUGACAGUUUAGGAGUAUAUAAUCAGCUCUGUCUGUGGAACUAAACCUGCUAAACACACUUGAUUGAUGCUCAGUGAUUUUCAGGGUUUAUUUGUGAACGUGCUACAUGCUGAUUUUUAGAGAGAAAAAUAAAGUCUAUGACAGUAAUUGAAAUAAAAUUAAAAAAAAACAUUAAUCCAAAGCAUUUCGAUUGUUUCCAGCUGCAAAAAAAAAACUUUUACUAUGCAUGGUUUGUUUUAGUGUUAUUUUAUUCACAUACUUCACUAAAUUCUAAAACUCCCACAACUUUGUCAGUUUUGAAUAAAGUUGUAGAUGGAGAAACAAAAGGAAAUCAUCGUUCAUCACCUGCAACAAACAGAGCAUGCUUCUCAACACAAACAGAUGUUAACCUUCAUUUACUAAUCAAAUAAAGCUGUGACAAUGUUCACAAACUGUUGCUUUAGCCAAUUUAUUAAAUUGAUUAGUAAUUUUUAUUUUUUUAAUUAUUUUAAUUGUAGUUAUCUAUUGACUUUGUUUUUGACUGGGCUUAUAUAGAGGACUUUGACUUGCUGACUGAAGCUCAGUAUAAUAUCUGGUCUGAUUCAUGAGCUCGGGUAUCUUCAUGAUCUUGUAUCGUGCCGUAAGCGUGUUGUUUUGUCUCACAGGACCAUCACACCGUGCUGAAGACCGGUUCUUUUCAGAACAUGUAGAAGGGAAAAGAAUGGACUGGCCAUCCAAACUUUUUUAAAGAUGUGUUUUGAUAAAGAUUAUGAAAGUUUGCUUGCAAUAAUCAUUUGAUUUUGUCAUAUAUGAUUAAGAGGGGGAGUGAAGGAUCCUUAGAUCCCCACGUGUAAA